GACCGGAGGGGGACAAGACGAGCCGCCGACUCGAGGUGCGAAGGGAGCGGGGGGAGUGGAGUAUGCCGGCGGCGAUGGCGGCGGAUGGAUUGCCGGUCGAGCCGCAGUCGCUGAAGAAGCUGAGCCUGAAGUCGCUGAAGCGCUCGCUGGACCUCUUCGCCCCCGCCCAAUCCCUCCUCUUCGCGCCCGACGCCGAGAGCAAGAGGAUUCGCACCGGGUGCAAGGUGAGGGCCGAGUACGGGGCGGUGAAGGAUCCGCCUGCUGAGCAGGGGCGCGGGCAGGGCAAGGGGACUUCGGCGCCGUCUACAGCGCUUGCGUUGCCAGGCACACAAGAUACAAAAGAUGCUCACAGAGAAGGCACUAGUAAUGCCAUUGUCCCUGCACCUCUUAUGCUACCAAAAGCACCUGAAUCUACAAUUCCUGGCAAAAAUACAACUUUGUCAAUUCCUGGAUCAUCUGACAGAUUUUCUACAUCGGCACUGAUGGAAAGGAUACCAAGUAGAUGGCCACGGCCUGUGUGGCAUGCUCCUUGGAAGAACUAUCGGGUCAUCAGUGGUCACUUGGGUUGGGUGCGUUCUAUAGCGUUUGAUCCGGGCAAUGAGUGGUUCUGUACAGGUUCAGCUGAUAGGACAAUAAAGAUAUGGGAUCUUGCAUCAGGAACACUGAAGCUUACUCUGACUGGUCAUAUUGAACAAGUUCGUGGACUUGCUGUCAGCCAACGGCAUACUUAUUUAUUUUCUGCUGGUGAUGACAAACAAGUAAAAUGUUGGGACCUUGAACAAAACAAGGUUAUUAGGUCUUACCAUGGGCAUCUGAGCGGUGUUUACUGCCUCGCUCUCCAUCCAACUAUUGAUAUAUUACUGACUGGCGGUCGAGAUUCAGUUUGCAGGGUGUGGGACAUCCGGACGAAAGCGCAUGUUUCUGCUUUGACAGGUCACGAUAACACUGUCUGUUCAGUGUUUGCACGCCCAACGGAUCCUCAAGUUGUAACUGGCUCACAUGAUACAACUAUCAAACUCUGGGAUCUUGUUGCUGGGAGGACUAUGUGUACUCUUACACACCAUAAGAAGUCUGUUCGGGCUAUGGCAUUGCAUCCAAAGGAGAAAUCAUUUGCAUCAGCAUCAGCGGACAACAUAAAGAAGUUUAGCCUUCCCAAAGGAGAAUUCCUCCACAACAUGCUGUCUCAGCAGAAAACUAUCAUAAAUUCUAUGGCUGUAAAUGAGGAUGGUGUCAUGGCAACUGGAGGGGACAAUGGAAGCCUGUGGUUUUGGGACUGGAAGAGUGGCCAUAACUUUCAACAAGAGCAGACUAUAGUUCAACCGGGUAAGUAUUGUUUUUCACCAUGCAUUGAUUGGUAAUAGGAUAAGCAACAG